AUGGAUUAAUGGAAGAAUUCUAAUAUCCUACCAAAAUCGACAAAUACGAUAAAGGCUGAAAAUUAUUCAUCUAUAUUAUUUAGUAAUGAGCAUCUUUUUGAAUUAUGUUAUUGGAAGUACUAAGAUGAUGUAAUUGAUCCAUUUAGAACUACUGAUAAUAUUUUAAUGCCAAUUGGAAUUUAUAUAAUUGCUGGAAUUCCUUAAAAGCCCUUUUCUUUGUUAAGUAAUUCUUCAACACUAUCAACCUACAAAAGUAAUUUAAUUUAUGUCGAAAACUUGAACAUAAUUUAGAAUAGUGAUUUUAAUCCUUUAUUUAACUAAACAAAAGAAUUGCUUAUUGUUAUUACUAAAUGUAAUAAAUAUUUGUUAUCUGAAAAUUAAACUUGUGCAAAUGAUGAUGAAAUUGAAAAUUUCUUUAUUUAAUAAAGUAAGGUCUUAAAUUUUUGGAUUAAUACUAAGUAUUUUAAUCCAAAAAAUUAAAUUUUUGAUGUAGUAAAAAAAUAAUAUUAUUUAUCAUUUGAAAAAGAAAGAGCAUAAUAAAUAUAAUUAAUUUUGAAACAAUAAAAAACUAUCGUUGAUACAGGAAUCUUAUUUGGAGACUUUGAAGAAUAAAGUUAUAUAUUUGAUGCUCAAUUUUUAAUGAGUACUAUCUCUAGUGACUUAUUUUACAAAUUUAUUCAUAUGGAAACAUUUUUAGCAUUUACAAUAAGAUUAGAUCCAUUCUCUUAUGAUACUUAAAUAGUUUAUCCUAAACUUGGUGAACUAUUAGCAUAAGUAGGAUCAAUUGUUAGUAUAAUAAUGAUGGUAUAGUAUGUAGCCUAUUUUUACAAUGAGUAUUUAUUAUAAAGUUCCCUUGUUGAGAAUGUUUUAAGAAGUUACAUUAUCAAUUAUGAUUCACUCAAAGAAUCUUCAUUAAAAUCUAAUUAAGUUACAUUUACUAAAUUAUAAAAACUAGCUAAAGAAAAGUUAGUAUUUACUAACAUUAUAAAUGAACUAUCAAGGAUUUAAUUAUUUUUAUUCAAAAAUUUUGACAGUA